GGGAGGGUACUGGUGGGGCGGUGUCCUAGUUGGAAGUCUUGGUGGUCACCCGGUGUUAGUAGCGGAGACCCCGCGGUUAAGAAUGCCGCUGGUUGCCCGCUGCAUUGAGCCGCGCCAUGUGUGCCGGCAGAAGCUUCCCAAUGUCCAAAGUGAACUGGAAUGUAUGACAAACCUGACACUAUCUAAUGUCAUUCGCCAACUAGGAAGCCUUAGUCGCUAUGCAGAGGAUAUAUUUGGAGAGUUGUUCAUUGAAGCAAGUCUGUUUGCGGAGCGUGUGGGAAUGCUGGGUGAGAGAGUGGAAAAGCUACAGGUCAAAGUGACCCAGCUGGAUCCCAAAGAGGAGGAAGUUUCUUUACAAGGUAUAAACACAAGAAAAGCAUUCCACAGUAAUACCUUGCAGGAUCAGCAACUCUUUGUGCGUGACUCUCUAUCUAUGCCUGUCUGUGAAACCUACUUCACAUGUGACAUGCCACCACCACUCGACAUCUUAUCUUCUUACAGGGAUGAUGGAAAGGAAGCACUGAAGUUUUACACUGACCCCUCAUAUUUCUUUGAUUUAUGGAAGGAGAAGAUGUUGCAGGACACCAAGGAUAUCAUGAAAGAAAAGCGUAAACAUAGGAGAGAAAAGAAAGAUAAUCCCAACCGCGGGAAUGUAAAUCCUCGGAAGAUCCGCACACGAAAAGAUCAGUGGGAACAAUUGAAAAUGGGGCCGGAAUUUGUGGAUGCAAAAUCUCAACAGUCUGGGGUCCAAAUAACUCACAAUGGAUCUGUCAGCCCCAUGGAUAUGGGAGAUACACAGCAUUACCCUCCUCCACCUCCAAAUGAAGACAUGCCAAGCCCACUUCUGGCCCCUGAUGACUCUUUGCCUCCUCCUCCUAUGGAAUUCAGUUCAUCUGGAAGCUCCAAUCGAUCAAGCCUGGUUAGCCAUAUCCACCCACCACCAGUAUCUCCAACUGGCCCUUCUAUUGGUGGAAGGCCCAGUUUCUCUCCUCCACCACCACCACCACCUGUUGGUGUUUUCCCAGACACCACUUAUCUUCCACCUCCCUCGCCACCAGCGUGCCCUCCUGCUCCUGGCUUUCCUGCUCCUCCCCCUCCUCCAGUGCCGUCUGUGAUAGAUUAUACAGCUGUCUCUCCUGUACCUCCUCCUGCUCCACCUGCAGGAGGGCCCCCUCCUCCACCACCCCCUCCACCUCCACCAGGUCCUCCACCUCUUGGCCCCCCUCCACCUGGCCCCCCUCCUCCUCCAUCUUUUUCUCCACAAGAUGAAGAUGCUUUGCCACAGAUAUCCAAGCCCAAAACUUCCCUGCCACCAGUAAGCGAUGUUCGGAGCGAUCUCCUAUCUGCAAUUCGUCAAGGAUUCCAGCUACGCAAGGUGGAGGAACAGAUGGAGCAUGAAAAGCGAGAUGUUGGUGGUAAUGAUGUGGCUACCAUCCUCUCUCGUCGUAUAGCAGUAGAGUACAGUGACUCGGAGGAUGACUCCUCGGAAUUUGAUGAAGAUGAUUGGUCUGAUUAAACAUGCAAAGAUUUUGUUGGAGAUAGGGUGGUGGGAUCAGUGUUAUGUAGGUUUUCUCACUGCCAAGAGACCAUCCUGUAGAGUGUCAGGAGAAAGGUAUCAAUUUGAUAUUUAUACAAGAAGAGCACACUUUAUAUUGUUGUAGUAUAUCCUUACUCAUGGGCAUUCUUUGAAGCUAAAGGUCUGAUGAUGUGCCUUUUUUUACUUAAAAGGGUUGUCCAGUUUCAUUCAACUAUUUCUCAUAUAAUGUACUGUGACCACUCUUUUACUAAUAUAAUUUCAUGACUUGCGUUGCCGCUAUCUUCACUUGUGGAUUCCAGUCUAGUGACUCCAUCUGUAGUCAUUGUGUCCAAUGGUUUGCUCUUGGUCCCUUUCCCUCUAAAUAGAAAAAUCCAUCUUUAGGUACAAAUUGACUAUUGCAAAAUUUAGGUAAAGGGAAUAUGUUCCCGAUUUAUUUUUGCCUUUGGUAAAAUAAGGGUAUUUUAAUGUCUGCUUUUGAUGACAAUCACGUGACUGUCUAUCUGCCAAAACUGGGCAGAGGAAAUGUAAUCCAGUCCUUGUGGUAUGAACAUUCCUAAGAAAUAAUGCAUAUUUGCACUUGAUGUGCCAUGGGCAAAAUGUAAAUUUUUAGACUAAUAACUGUGCCUUAAAUAAUGUUUCGACAGUCAGUCAGUGUCUUAGAAUUGAUAGAAGUGGAAUUUAUGAUUAAAUAUGCUAGUAUAUCUCAUAAUAAGGUGGCCAUAAUGUGUGAUGUCCUGGAAACCUAAUGCAGUGAGGGAUUUACAUAUAACCUACUAUAUCUUUUACUUUUGGGCAGAUGGGGCGCAGAUCUAUGCAUAUACUAUAGUAAUCUGUUUGCUUCUUGUUAUUGUCAUUUUGUCUUUGUAUCAGACCCAGUGGGGAAUAUAUGCCCUUAUGACAGGGUAGUUUAUUGGGAACACUGUCUGAGCCACUGAGGAGCAACAUGAGAUAAUGGGAAAGAAAUCUAAACCUAAUAAUUAUGUUUAACUUGUUAUUAUACUGUAUCUAGAGAUCGAAUUAACCUAUUCAAUGCUUUAAAUCCUAGUCUAUGCAAAAUAUAAGCGUUCAUUCUGUAUGUAUUCAAACUGUUCAAACUUAAGUACAUAGAUAUAUCUAUACUCAAGACUCUGCAAACUAUUGAGUUCACGGACAAUAUGGCGAUCUUAAGUGCCUUAACUGGAGUGAAUUGGGGACUGAGUGCCAAAAGAAAAACUGUUGACAUUCUUUGUACUACCAGUCCUUCAUCCUUCUCUUUAUAACUCGCUUUUUUUCGUUUUCCAAAUGAUAUUUACCUGUGUAUGUAUACUGUUAAAUAAUAACCCUGAAAAAAUUCA